AUGCAUUCUCCUCUUUCAGCUCUGUUUUUCACCCUUCUACACCUUUCGGUCCUCAUCAGGUCAUCAGUGGCGCAAUCCACUUACUGGCUCGCCAACAAGCCUAAUGUUGGACACGUCGCGUUUCAAGAUCCAAGUUAUCCAGUGUUUCGAAAUGUCAAAGAAUAUGGCGCCAUUGGGGACGGUUUACACGAUGAUUCUGAUGCUAUCAACCGAGCAAUCGCCGCUCCUGGAAAUCGCUGCGGCGGCGGCAAUGCAACGUACGGAUCGUUUUGUCAGUCCUCAACAAUUACGCCGGCGCUCGUCUAUUUUCCGCCGGGGACCUAUAAUGUCUCGAAGCCUUUGAUCAUGUACUACUUCACGCAAAUGGUAGGAGACGCUAUCAACCCGCCGACCAUUAGAGUUAGUUCAAACUUCACCAAUAUCAUAGGUUUGGCUGUAUUUGAUGCAGAUAUCUACAUCCCGUCCGGCAGCGGCGCUGAGUGGUAUGCCAACCAGAACAAUUUCUACCGCCAAGUUCGCAAUUUCAUCAUCGACAUGACAAAUGCCCCCUUGAAGACAGCUGGCAUACAUUGGCAGGUAGCUCAAGCCACGAGUCUGCAGAACAUUGUCAUCAACAUGGUGUCUAAGGACGUGGUGAACAAUCAGCAACAAGGGAUCUACAUGGAGAACGGCUCGGGAGGCUUCUUCUCCGACAUGGUCAUCACCGGCGGCUCUAUUGGAGCGUACCUUGGAAAUCAGCAAUUUACGACGCGGAAGAUACAGUUCGAUGGCUGUUCGACGGCGAUCAAAAUGAACUUCGACUGGGUGUGGCUGUUCUCCCAGAUUACGAUUACCAAUUCCGAUGUCGGGAUUGACAUGACCAGUGGCGGUUUCUCCAACCUUGCUGUCGGGUCUCUUCUCCUGAUCGAUAGCGUGAUAUCCGCGACUCAGGGGAUCCUGACACCCUAUGCCCCUGGCUUCAGCUCUCCCCAAGCCGCCGGGACUCUAGUCCUCGAGAAAGUCGACUUCACAGGGAGUGAGGUCGCCAUCUCUGCCGCUGGUGGCACUCAAGCAAGAACGAUUCUCGCUGGCCAACAGUUUGUCGAUCUCUGGGCUCAAGGGAAUGCUUGGACGACAGCGGGCCAAGCUCUGAACGGGCAGUUUUUCAACGGCACAACUUGUGUCUAUCAGAACGCUAGCCAGACCGCGUACACCGCGCAAGAGACGACGAUCCAAAGAGCCCUUGCGCCGAUUCCUCGACCUUCGUCGCUGGUCGAUAGUAACGGGCAAUAUGUCUACCGCGUCAAACCGCAAUAUGAGAACCUUCAAUGGUCUACGGGAUUCCUCAGCGCAAAAGCGAAUGGGCUCGUGGGUGAUGGGUCUACAGAUGACACGGCUGCGAUGCAAGCACUCUUUAACCUUGCCCAUACCACAGGGAAAGUUGUCUACUUCGACAGGGGGGCUUACAUCGUUUCGUCCACCAUUAAUGUUCCCACAGACGUCAAGGUCACCGGCGAACUCCUUAGCAUCAUCAUGGCUACGGGCCCCUUCUUUGGGGACCAAUUCAACCCGCAACCCAUGUGGAAGAUAGGCAAUCCUGGCGACGUUGGCACGGUCGAAAUCUCUGACCUCGUGUUCGAAGUCCAGGGGCCUUGUCCAGGUGCCAUUCUUAUUGAGUGGAACAUCAAAGCUGCUGGCCCCGCGUUAGCCGGCAUGUGGGAUGCGCAUUGGCGUAUAGGGGGCUCAGCAGGCACGAAUUUGCAACAGGACAAGUGUAUAAAGACACCCGCAACGCCGAUUGCGGGAUCGAAUUCAGUCUUGACGGACUGCAUCGGCGCGUUUCUGCUGUUGCAUGUUACAAGCCAGGCCGAUGGCUACUUUGAAAAUAUUUGGGGAUGGGUUGCGGACCACGAGUUAGACUUGGCAGAUCGGCAGCAAAUUUAUAUUUUCAAUAAGGGUGGCUUUCUCAUCGAAUCACAAGGCCCUGUGUGGCUCUAUGGCACCGCCGCCGAACACUCGGUCAUGUAUGACUACCAGUUUGUCAAUGCGAAGAACGUCUUCAUGGGCCACAUCCAACACGAGACGGCGUAUUUCCAGGGCAAUCCCAACGCCCUUGUCCCGUUCACUCCACAAGCCUCAUGGCACGACCCAGACUACUCGGACUGCGUGCAAACAAACUGCGCACGAACGUGGGGCCUCCGGUUCGUCAACUCGAGCCAGAUUUUCAUGUACGGCGGCGGGCUGUACAAUUUCUUCGAGAAUUGGAACACGCAGGCGUGCUUGGGCACGGAGAGCUGUCAGGAAAGGAUGGUGGACUUUCGGAAUUCAACCGAUAUCUACCUCUGGGCGCUGAGCACCAAAGGAUCGCAGUUCAUGAUUAGCUAUGAGGGGACGGACGUGGUACCGUAUAGUGUGAACAAGGCGAAUUUCUGUGAGACGGUUGCGCUUUUUGAGCUGGCAAGUGAGCAGUAA